GAGAGAGAGAGAGAGAGAGAGAGAGAGAGAGAGGGAGGGGGGGGGGAAUAAUCAGGAAGAACUCUCAGCGCACCUUUUAGUUCUCCGAUAUGCAGAUUUGCUGAUAAAACAUCAGUUAUCUGUUCAUCUCAUACAGGUCGUGGAAAACUGCGAGUGCAUGGGAAUCUUUAACUCGUUUUUUCUUCACCGGGGUAUCUCGCCUUGAUUUCGUAUAAAACCCAGCACGAAUGUGAGCUGUAAUACCAGGCUACUGACGGCUCUAGCGGCUCCUUAUUGGCAUUUUCACGUCUAGGCUACUACAACUACUAUUGCUGACUUCUGCCUGUGGAUCUUACCGUUAUAUAUUGUGAAAGGUUUAGGAAGCAGAGGAAGCACACCACUCCAGAAUCAUGGGACACUUUCAGCUCUCCCCCAUGCUCUCCCUUGGCCUUCGGCUUGUGGUUGUCGUAGCAAUCAUGUUUCUCAAAUUCCAACAUGUGACGGCUAUGUCCUCGGACGUGGACUUGGAUCAGUUUGUGUCUCCAACUGCCAGCGGCAAUGUUACUGUGUGCACCACAGCAGGCACAGCAUGCGAAAAAGGGGUGAUUCUGCCAAUAUGGGAACCUCAGAAUCCCUCGUUUGGGGACAAAGUGGCACGGGCAACAGUCUAUUUCGUGGCCCUGGUGUACAUGUUCCUUGGAGUGUCCAUCAUCGCUGACCGUUUCAUGGCGUCCAUCGAGGUCAUCACCUCUCAGGAGAAAGAGAUCACCAUCAAGAGACCCAACGGAGAGACCACCACCACCACCGUGCGGAUCUGGAAUGAGACAGUGUCCAAUCUCACGCUCAUGGCCCUGGGCUCAAGUGCCCCUGAGAUCCUACUGUCCGUCAUUGAGGUUUGCGGCCACGGUUUUGAUGCAGGAGCCUUGGGUCCAAGCACCAUCGUGGGCAGCGCCGCCUUCAACAUGUUUGUCAUCAUCGGCAUCUGUGUGUACGUGGUGCCCGACGGGGAGGUCCGUAAGGUCAAGCACCUGCGCGUCUUCUUCGUCACAGCCACCUGGAGCAUCUUCGCCUACAUCUGGCUCUACCUGAUCCUGGCUGUAAUCUCCCCCGGCAUAGUGCAGGUAUGGGAGGGCCUGCUCACCCUCUUCUUCUUCCCCAUCUGCGUGUUGUUCGCCUGGGUCGCUGACCGACGCCUCCUCUUCUACAAGUACGUCUACAAGCGCUACCGUACCGGCAAGCAGCGAGGCAUGAUCAUUGAAACCGAGGGUGACCGCCCGCUCCCGUCCAAAGUCGACAUUGAGAUGGACGGAAAGAUGCUCAACUCUCACGCGGUGGACUUCCUGGACGGGCCUCUGGGGCUGGAGCUGAACAUGAAGGACCUGGAUGAGGAGGAGACCCGGCGCGACAUGGCCAAGAUCCUCAAGGAGCUGAAGCAGAAGCACCCAGACAAGGAGAUGGAGCAGCUGAUUGAACUUGCCAACUACCAGGUGUUGAGUUCGCAGCAGAAGAGCAGGGCCUUCUACCGCUGCCAGGCCACCAGGCUCAUGACCGGCGCUGGGAACAUCCUGAAGAAGCAUGCGGCCGACCAGGCCCGCAAGGCCGUCAGCUUGCACGAGGUUCGCUCUGAUGUGGCCGAUAACGACCCCAUUUCCAAGAUCUACUUUGACCCAGGCUCCUACCAGUGCCUGGAGAACUGCGGCACAGUGGCAGUUAACGUGCUACGGCGUGGCGGUGACCUGACCAAGACAGUGUCGGUGGAGUUCCGUACGGAGGAUGGAUCAGCCAACGCGGGCUCGGACUACGAGUUCACCGAGGGGGUGGUGGUGUUCAAGCCCGGCGAGACCCAGAAGGAGAUCCGUGUGGGCAUCAUUGAUGAUGACAUCUUUGAGGAGGAUGAGAACUUCCUGAUCCACCUGAGCAACAUCAAAGUGCUGCUGGCAGAGGGAGAGGAGGUAGAGAACCCAGAGACCAAUCACGUGGAGGCGGUGGCCUGUCUCGGCCUGCCUGCCACGGCAACCGUGACCAUCUUUGACGACGACCACGCCGGCAUCUUCACGUUCGAGGAGCCGGUGGCACACGUGAGUGAGAGUGUGGGCACCAUGGAGGUGAAGGUGCUGCGUACGUCAGGGGCACGUGGGGUCGUCAUGGUGCCCUACAAGACUGUGGAGGGCACGGCACGUGGAGGAGGAGAGGAUUUCGAAGAUACCCACGGGGUCCUGGAGUUCCAGAAUGAUGAAAUCUUGAAGACCAUAGCCAUUAAAAUACUUGACCGUGAGGUGUAUGAUAAACACAGCUACUUCACCCUAGAGCUGCAGACGCCACAAUGGAGAAGGAGAGGCCGGACAGCUACAGAGGUGGCUGUGAAGGAGGUGGAAGAGGAGACGCCACUGACAGAAGUGGAUGAUGAGGACCAACGCAUCGCUGAUAUGGGCCGACCCACGCUGGGGGACCACGUCAAACUUGAAAUCAUCAUUGAGGAAUCCUACGAGUUUAAGAACACUGUGGACAAGCUGAUUAAGAAGACAAACCUGGCCCUGCUGGUGGGGACUAACAGCUGGAGAGACCAGUUCAUCGAGGCCAUCACUGUCAGUGCCGGUGAGGAUGACGAGGAUGAAGAAUGCGGCGAGGAGAAGCUGCCGUCCUGCUUCGACUACGUCAUGCACUUCCUCACCGUCUUCUGGAAGGUUCUGUUUGCGUUCGUGCCCCCAACAGACUACUGGAAUGGCUGGGCCUGCUUCGUGGUGUCCAUCUGCAUGAUCGGCCUGCUUACAGCCUUCAUCGGGGACCUGGCCUCCCACUUCGGCUGCACUGUGGGCCUCAAGGACUCUGUCACCGCCGUGGUGUUCGUUGCGCUGGGGACCUCUGUGCCAGACACCUUUGCCAGUAAGGUGGCAGCCAUCCAGGACCAGUAUGCUGAUGCAUCCAUCGGCAACGUGACGGGCAGCAACGCGGUCAAUGUGUUCCUGGGCAUCGGCGUGGCCUGGUCCAUCGCUGCCAUCUACCACAACUCCAAGGGCAACGACUUCAAGGUAGACCCGGGGAGCCUGGCCUUCUCCGUCACUCUCUUCACCAUCUUCGCCUUCAUCUGCGUGGGGGUGCUGAUGUACCGGAGGAGACCUUCGAUCGGCGGCGAGCUGGGAGGUCCGCGGACUCCCAAGAUACUGACCACCAUGCUGUUUGUCAGCCUGUGGCUGCUGUACAUUCUGUUCUCCUCGCUGGAGGUCUACUGCCACUUCAAGGCCUUCUAAACAGCAUCAGACUUAAGAAGGCCCAAGAAGAGCUAACCAGAGACAAGAAGGAGGCAACAGCAGUGGUGAAAAACAUUUUCCUCUUGUCAUUAAUAAACCCCCCUUUCCCCCUAUCCCCCUUUUAAGAAGUGAAAGAUAUGCCCCCCCUCCUCUGUCCCCAUGGUCUAGUGCUUAAUGGAUGAAACUGGUUGUUUAGGCGAGGAGAGGCCUGUCAAGGCUAGGACAGACACCCCUCUGAAGUCUGUAAAUUGGCAGUUGAGUGUGUGUGUGUGUGUGUGUGUGUGUGUGUGUGUGUGUGUGUGUGUGUGUGUGUGUGUGUGUGUGUGUGUGUGUGUGUGUGUGUGUGUGUGUGUGUGUGUGUGUGUGUGUGUGUGUGUGUGUGUGUGCGUGCUUGUGGGUGCAUGUGUGUGUUUGUGGGAGCGUGUGUGUGUGUGUGUGUGUGUUUGUGGGUGCAUGUGUGUUUGUGGGUGUGUGUGUGGGUGCGUGUGUGUGUGUUUGUGGGUGCGUGUGUGUGUGUUUGUGGGUGCGUGUUUGUGGGUGCGUGUGUGUUUGUGGGUGCGUGUGGGUGCGUGUGUGUUUGUGGGUGUGUGUGGGUGGGUGCGUGUGGGUGCGUGUGUAUGUGUUUGUGGAUGCGUGUGUGUGUGUUUGUGGGUGCGUGUGUGUUGGUGGGUGCGUGUGUGUGUUUGUGGGUGCGUGUGUGUUUGUGGAUGUGGGUGUGUGUUUGUGGGUGCGUGUGUGUUUGUGGGUGUGUGUGUGUUUGUGGGUGCGUGUGUGUGGGUGCGUGUGUGUUUGUGGGCGCGCAUGUGUGGGUGGGUGUGUGGGUGCGUGUGUGUGUGUGUGUUUGUGUGUGUGUUUGUGGGGGUGUGUGGGUGCGUGUGUGUUUGUGGGUGCGUGUGUGUGUGUUUGUGGGUGUGUGUGGGUGCGUGUGUGUGUGUGUGUUUGUGGGUGCGUGUGUGUUUGUGGGUGUGUGUGGGUGCGUGUGUGUUUGUGAGUGUGUGUGUGUGGGUGCGUGUGUGUGUGUGGUUGUGUGGGUGUGAGUGCGUGUGGGUGUGUGGGUGCGUGUGUGUGUGUGUGUGGGUGUGUGUGUGUGUGGGUGCGUGUGUGUGUGUGGGUGUGUGUGUGUGGGUGCGUGUGGGUGUGUGUGUGGGUGCGUGUGUGUGUGUGGGUGUGUGUGUGUGGGUGCGUGUGGGUGUGUGUGUGGGUGCGUGUGUGUGUGUGGGUGUGUGCAUCCUGAAGGGGGAGCUGUUUAGUAUAUCUCUUACUACUCAGCAACCUUCCAGAGACAGCAUCGUCCACGUCUGAUGCUCGUUUCAAACUAAACACUAGACAUCUGAGUGAAAUCCUUUAAUACCCCUGACCAUCAUUAUUGAUAUGUAUAUGCAUGAACGUCCCCAAAAAAUGAUUCAGCUGUUAACAAACGUAGUGGUUGGGAGUAACAGCUACUUUUAAAGAAGGUCUCUCCUCUGUAUGUGAGUCUUAAUAAAUCUCAGUUAGGGCCUGGCUGCAAGAGCUGCCCACCACCUUCUAAUCCUCGGUUUGAUCCCCAGUAGAAUAUCUGAUUAGGGUUCCUCUGUUAUUUAUCUUGCCACAGAUGUAGUUAUGUAAAAGGUGAAAAAUCAUGGAGUUUAGUAUAAUUUAACCUUUAAGGCCGUAUUGUUUUUGAAUGGCCAGCGUUACCAUUUUAACUUUCAGAUAACUCGUUGUCAACUUAAAUGAUACUUUUUAUAACUAGCCCAAGAUGGCUUUUCCAGUUUAGUCAAUGGGAUUGUCAUCACUACCAUACUUGAUUCAAAUUGCAAUAGAAUGCAGAGAAGCCAUACUGUAUAAGCUCUAUUCAUUGGCCACACGCCUUUCAGCAGCUUCCCCAAUUGGCUCUUCUUAUCCAUAUGUGUGUCUAAGUUCCUCCCUGACUGGUCUUUCUAUCAGUCCCAAUCCUCUGUGGGCUCUACAGCCAAUUCUUAACCACUAACCCUAACCAGAAACUUUAACCCUAUCCUAAACAGAAACCCGCCCCUAUCCUAAACCCGCCCCUAUCCUAAACCCACCCCUAUCCUAACCCCACCCCUAUCCUAAACCUGCCCUCAACACUAAACCCACCCCUAUCCUAAACCCACCCCUAGCCUAAACCCAACCCUAUCCUAAACCCACCCCUAGCCUAAACCCAACCCUACCCUAAACCCACCCCUAGCCUAAACCCAACCCUACCCUAAACCCACCCCUAUCCUUAACCCACCCCUAUCCUAAACCCAACCCUACCCUAAACCCACCCCUAUCCUAAACCCACCCCUAGCCUAAACCCAACCCUACCCUAAACCCACCCCUAGCCUAAACCCAACCCUACCCUAAACCCACCCCUAUCCUUAACCCACCCCUAUCCUAAACCCACCCCUAUCCUUAACCCACCCCUAUCCUAAACCCACCCCUCUCCUAAACCUGCCCUCAACACUUAACCCUCCCCUAUCCUAAACCUGCCCUCAACACUUAACCCACCCCUAUCCUAAACCUGCCCUCAACACUUAACCCACCCCUAUCCUAAACCUGCCCUCAACACUUAACCCUCCCCUAUCCUAAACCUGCCCUCAACACUUACCCCCCCCCCUAUCCUAAACCUGCCCUCAACACUUAACCCACCCCUAUCCUAAACCUGCCCUCAACACUUAACCCACACGCUCUUCUCUCUCCACUGAGCUGCACAUCUUCAUUUAUAUUCCAUCAAACAAUAUCUUGAACAUAAAAACAUCAAUUGUAAUGGUGGACAGAAGUGUAGAUUGAACUGUUUCUAUAAUGCAGUAGCCCUAUAGAGAAAUUUUACAGAAGUUCAAAGUGAAGCUGGUGAGAAAUACAUUGGCUGGGUAUUUUCUCUUUUCAGAGGUAAAAAGCUUUUGUCUUAAUGAUGCAAUCAUUUAAAUCCACCUUACUGGCAGUCUCGAGAUAUAAGGGUUUACAUUCAAAAUGACACGUCCAGUUUAGACAAACAGAUCAAUUCAUAUGUGGAAGAUGAAUGAAGUCCACAAUAUUUACACCUUCAAUCAAUUUUUUUAAUGUUAAAGGUAUGAUGAAUACCCUGAGUUUCCUACUGAGUUUGUUUUAUACUUGAUGUGUAGUGUGAUAAUGAAGUAGAAGUAAUCAUAGAGUUGUAGUUUGGUUUAGAAAAUUAUAAACAUAGCAAGAUUUUGUAAUUUUUUGUCAUUUCUCACCACAGAAUUUGCAGCCCCGAGAAGGUUCUAGAUUAAAGUACUUACAGUGCGUUUAGAAAGUAUUCAGACCCCUUGACUUUUUCCACAUUUUGAUACGUUACAGGCUUAUUCUAAAAUGGAUUAAAUCGUUUUUUUCCUCAUCAAUUUACACACAAUACCUCAUAUUGACAAAGAAAACAAUGUUGUUUUUAAUUACAUUUUUGCAAAUGCAAUUUAAAAAAUAUAUGAAAUAUCACAUUUACAUAAGUAUGCAGACCCAGUCUGAGGUCCUGAACACUCAUCAAGGAUAUCUCUGUAAUUUGUUCCAUUCAUCUUUCCCUCAUUCCUUACUAGUCUCCCAGUCCCACAAUACUUCACUGUAGGGAUGGUGCCAGGUUUUCCCCAGACGUUUCGCUUGGCAUUCAGGCCAAAGAGUUAAAUCUUGGCUUCAUCAGACCAGAUAAUCUUGUUUCUCAUGGUUUGAGAGUCCUUUUGGUGCCUUUUGGCAAACUCCAAGUGGGCUGUCGUGCCUUUUAUUGAGGAGUGGCUUCCGUCUUGCCAAUCUACCAUAAAGUUCUGAUUGGUGGAGUGCUGCAGAGAUGGUUGUCCUUCUGGAAGGUUCUCCCAUCUCCACAGAGGAUCUCUGGAGUUCUGUCAGAGUGACCAUUGGGUUUUUGGUCACCUCCCUGACCCAGGCCCCUUUCCCCUGACUGCUCAGUUUUGCCAGGCGAACAGCUCUAGGAAGAGCCUUGGUGGAUUCAAACUUCUUCUAUUUAAGAAUGGGGAGAAUGGAGGCCUGCAGACAUGUUUUGGUACCCUUCCCCAGAUCUGUGGCUCGACACAAUCCUGUCUCGGAGGUCUAUGGACAAUUCCUUCGAACUCUUGGCUUGGUUUUUGCUCUGCCAUACCCUGUCAACUCUGGGAGAAUAUAGACCUUUCCAAAUCAUGUCCAAUCAAUUGAAUUUACUACAGGUGGACUCCAAUCAAGUUGUAGAAACAUCAAGCAUGAUCAAUGGAGACAGGAUGCACCUGAGUUCAAUUUCAAGUCUCAUAGCAAAGGGUCUGAAUAAGGUAUUUCCAUUUUUUAUUUUCAAUAAAGUUGCAAAAAAUUCCAAAAACCUGUUUUUGCUUUGUCAUUAUAGGGUAUUGUGUGUAGAUUGAUGAGGAUUUUUUUAUUAUUAUUUUAGAGUAAGGUUGUAACAUAACAAAAUGUGGAAAAGAUCAAGGAGUCUGAAUACUUUCCGGAGGCACUGAAUAUGGAAGUCAAGUGCAGUUUACUCCUCUUUUGCCAAAGUGAACUAUUUCUAAUGGAAACUCCAGUAACAGCUUAGCCAGAAUAGUAGUGGGUUUUCUAACACACUGACAUCUCUUAACAACACCAAAAAGAUCCCUCUGCGGUACUAAAAGUCUUGCUGUUGUUUAACCAAAACAGAACAUUUCUAAUGACAAAUUUGUAUAAAAGCAUUCACAUUUCAUGGGGAUGGGUUAAUGCCUGCGUGUCCACUUGCUUACCUGGUCUAAAGUGAACUUGUUCACGAAUGACCAACUGUGGUAAGAGUUUUUAAGGUUCAUUCUACUAUGGUGGGGUGUGGGGGUUUCUAUUACAGUAGCUGUUGGUUAAUUAUGAAGGUGGUGGCGUCGAGCUCUAGAGUAGCUCUAUAUGUUUUUUGUAUGGAGUUGGGUGGGUUGUUUCGAUGUGAAGGAAAAACAUUGCACUGGUUCCCGAGUUUGUAAUGAACAGGAUGACAGUGGUUAUAUGCUGAUGGUGACCCUGCUGUUGCGGGAUUAUAUUAAAUUUCGCUGACCUGAAAACAUUACUAUGACAAUUAAAUAUUUAAAAAGACCUCAAACCCUAAUAUCAAGUUAUCCAACUACAAAUGAAAAGAGGAGGAAGAAGAAGAAGAAAUAACAUGUGAAGUACAGCCAUACCAUACAUUGUGUACUGGUGCAGUGAAGCACAAGGACUUCUCCUGCCCAGCAUGUGUCGCUUUGGUGUGUGUCUACACCGUGACUGUGCAGCGCAGCAUCUCUCUGUAUCCUCUUACCCCCCCCCAUGUCCAUAUUUUGGAAUGUUAAUGUGCUACUUGUUCACAAUGUGCAUGAAUGAUAACAUGUCUGUAUAUAAUAAGCAGUAUCCCAUUCGUUGAUGUUGAUGGAGGUUUGAAUGUUGUACAGAUUUGGACUUGUUGUGUCCCCACCCUCACCUGAGCUUGGUUCCCAACUUUACCAAUUGCCUGGGCUGUUCCUGACCGGCUGCCCCAUCUGUCUCCAGUAUGUGUGGCUUCAACUCCGUGUGGAAGGGGAUUGGGGCAGUUGGUUAAACGGGUCUCCCAUCCACUAUAUCCCAGUGGGGACUUGGACGUGAUAGGGCUUCGGGUCUCUCACCCGAGCUCGGUUCCCUGCAUCUCCAUGUCACAUGGGUUGUGAGCUGACCGGCUCCCACCCCCCCCCCCCACACACACUCAUGUACUAGAAUGUUUUAUUUGAAGUUAAAUAUUGCACAUUUGGUUAAAAAAGGCAAUAUCUGCUGUUGUUGAAGGAGGGUGAGAACUUAAAGAGGUAUGUAUCUUAAGGAAGUUGCAUGGGAAUUUGUACAAAAGACACUGCUUGCUAAUAAUGAUAUGGCUGGUUGUGUUAUUUGACAGUGUAAGAGAAGUAUGUACACCAAAAGCUAUUUUGUCAUGAAGAGAUCAUAUGUAUAUACUGUAUAGUGUUAACAGAGAGAGGUCUGAUACCUCCACAUAUCUUAGAGAAUUCUACAUAUUUAUUUUAAAACCCUGACUAAACUCAAGAAUGACAAAUAUUGCCUUUUUGGAGAAGUAGUUUGCUUAAGUGCUUGUUUUGCUCUCUCUCUCUGUUCCUGCUGUGCUGAGCAGUGUUUCGUCUUUGAUACCUGAGAAGUGUAAUUUCUUCUGGAUGGUUUCAUUCUUUGUCUCAAGAUGUCUGUCUGUCUGUCUGUCUGUCUGUCUGUCUGUCUGUCUGUCUGUCUGUCUGUCUGUCUGUCUGUGUCUUGUCUGUCUUGUCUACCUGGUAUGUGCCUGCCUCUCUGUCUCGCUGGCAGGCUGGUACUGUACAUGCCUAUCUGUCUCUGUCCCUGUUGAGUGUCUGUCUGUACUUGAUGUGUGUCAUCUGAUUAGCACCACCCACCCGUCGCCCAGAUGGACCUGUAGUUUUCAGGGUUCUAAUAUCUCUCUCUCUAAUUCUCCCUCCUUGCAUUCCCUGCCUCUCCCUCUUUAACUUUCUCUCAAGCUCACCCUGUCGAUCUGUCAUGUUCUUGCUGUCUCUCUUACAUGGUUAAGUUUGCUGUUUGUUUUGUCUUAUUGAUUAUAAUUGAUAGAAUAUCAUGAUUUUGUCUUAUUUUUGUUCAUGUCUGUGUUUUUUUUCUUUGUUUUGCACACCAACUAAUAGGAAGAAGUACACUAACUGUGAUUACUCUACAUGGUACACUUCUGACACAGAAAAUAAAGUUUGGGAUACCCUGUUUCAAA